CAUGGCGGCGCCCCUGCUCGCGAAAAGGCAACGUGAUAAGUCGGUAAAGUGAGAGAUGCGUUUCAGCGCGACGCGUAAGAUGGCCGGUGUAGGGUUUUGAUGCGCGGCGCCGCUGGGAGACUUCGUCAUCUGAGCAAUUUGUCGUCCGGAGCAGCACCGUACCAGAACCAGAACCAGCUGCUUCACACAAUGGCCGCGUUCAAACCUACGAAGAUCCAAGUCUAUCCCAAACUGGGGGAGAAAGUCACACAGGACACAUUGUACUGGAAAAACUACAAGGCCCCAGUCCAGAUCAAAGAAUUUGGAUCAGUCACAAACAUAGACUUCUCCCCUGUGGCUCCACAUAACUAUGCUGUGACAGCAUUUACAAGGGUCCACAUUUAUGGGCCAUUCUCCCAGGAGCCGGUGAAGGCGUUCACACGGUUUAAGAACUCAGCGUACUGUGGGAGGUUCCGGUCGGAUGGCCAGCUGUUGGUGGCGGGAUGUGAGGAUUCUGUGGUGCGCCUGUACGACAUCAGCGGCAAGGUGGCGCUCAGGAUGUUCAAAGGACACACAAAGGCCGUACACGUGACAGACUUCACCUCCGACCGGUACCACAUCAUGAGCGGGUCGGACGACAUCACCUGUCGGCUCUGGGACGUCCCCAACGCCACCGAACUGACCUCCUACAAAGAGCACACGGAUUACAUCCGGUGUGGCGCCACAAGCAAACUCAACAGAGAUGUGUUCAUCACGGGCUCGUAUGACCACACGCUGAAAAUGUUUGAUGCCAGGACGGAUAAGAGUGUGAUGACCAUGGACCAUGGCCAGCCCGUGGAGAGUGUCCUCCUGUAUCCGUCUGAAGGACUGCUGGUCUCGGCAGGUGGACGCUACGUGAAGGUGUGGGAUCUGCUGAAAGGAGGCCAACCUCUGGUGUCUCUGAGGAACCACCAUAAAACCGUCACCUGUUUGUGUCUCAGCAGCAAUGGACAGAGACUGCUAUCAGGCUCUCUGGACAGGCAUGUGAAAGUGUACAACACCACCAACUAUAAAGUCGUCCACAACUUCGACUAUGCGGCCUCCAUUCUCUGUCUGGGCUUGGCUCCGGAUGACAAGUCCAUCGUCGUUGGCAUGACAAACGGCGUUCUGAGCGUCAAACACCGCAAGUCCGGUGUCACAGAGUCGAAUAAGAAGGGCGCGCAGGGCCGCCAGAAUCGGCGACCAACGUAUCGGUUUUUCGUGAAAGGGAAAAACUUCGUCCCCAAACAGGACGACUAUCUGGUCAGUAAACCAGUGAAGCAGCACUUGGCCAAGUACGACAAAGAGCUCAAAAGGUUCAACCAUUCCAAGGCUCUGGACACAGCCAUGGAGUCGUGGAUGAGGUUUAAGAAGCCGGAGGUCCCGGUGGCCGUGAUAAAGGAGCUGGAUCGCAGAGGGACAUUAAAGAACGCUGUGGCGGGAAGAGACGAAAAGAAACUCUCCCAGCUGCUCCAUUUCCUCAUCGGGAAUUUGGUGGAUCCCAGGUUCGCCCCUGUCCUUGUGACGCUGGCUGAAAUGAUCGUUGACAUCUACCGGUCAGUCGUUGGCCAGUCGUCCGUGGUGGACCGACAGCUGUUGCAGCUGCAGGACCUGUUGGAGAGAGAGAUCGACUACCAAAAGGAACUCCUGGAGGUUAUGGGAAUGUUGGAGACCUUGUUCACCGCCUCCCUCCCAAAGAAGGAGGCGUUAUAUCCCGGCAUCAGCAGGUCCAACGGUCUGACUCAGAAAGCUCAAUUGGUCUGAGCCGCAGCAUCAGGCCACCUGAGGCCGCUUGUCGGGGUAAAACCCCUUCAUAGAGUGCCUUUACUGCUCUGGGAACACUCUGAUAAGAGCAUCGCCUCACGCCACACACAGGGAUUGAGGACCUCCAUUAUGUGACAUGUCACUAUCUGGACUCUCUGGCGCCCCCGGGGGUAUUUUAACUCUAACUCGGCUGAAGGCACGGCGGGCAGAAGAAGGUGUGUUUUCUUCAUGUAAACUUUGGUUAAUGUAUAACAAAUCACUUAAUGGAUGGAUGUUAAGCGAGGAGUUGUUUUCAACGCAAGUCAUGGAAUCACAACAUUUCACUGUAAGUGUUCUCUAUGUGACAUCGACGGGUGGACUUCUCUAUUUUGAUAUUUUCCACUGGUUUUUUUUGUAAAGACUAAUAAAUCUAUGAUAUUGGAUUUAGUCAACUAUGGU